GAAGGAAAAACCUGUUCCCGGGCGGGCGGGCGGACAGAGGCUGAGUCAGUCCCGCGAGGAGCCCCCGCCAGGAGCGGUGCCCAGCAGGAGCCAUUGAUUAAAAAGCAAAGCAGAAAAUGAGAACUUAGGAGAAGCGAGGGCACAGUUGAACCUCCAGCUUCGUCCGUGGGCCAUAAGGUCCCCACAACACUUGGGGCGCUGGUGGCUGACAGCAUCGGAGCCUAAACCGCCUGCUGGGAUCAUGGCAAGCGAAGACAUGGCCAAUGCCCAGGACCUCCUGGAUCUCACCUUCCAGUCUCUGGCGUCGAAGCACAUAGACCUGAAGCAGAUGGAGCUGGACACAGCAGCAGCCAAGGUAGACGAGCUCUCAAGGCAGCUGGAGUCCCUGUGGACGGAGAACCCAGGGCAGCCUGGAGCCCAGCUCAAGGCGAUGGGCAGGUUCAGCCCCAGCCCUUCUCAAGAGCUGCUAGCCAGGAUGAGCCCCAUCUCCACUUCCCCGCUGCCCCUCUUCCCUUGGAAGAGCACGUCGCUGGAGAUCCCUGAGAGCAACUACUACUCCUUCAGUGAAGGCUCGCCUGGUUUCUCACACAGCUCCUCAUCCAGCCAGCUCGCCCCAGCCAAGUCCUCGCUGGGCCGCCCCACUUCGCCUCGCCCAUCCCUCUUCCUUCAGCCAGAGCUGGACCGGGCGGUGCCUCCAAGGCCCAAGGUGCUGGAGGCGCUGCCCAGCCCCACAGCCCACGGCUCCUCCCCUCGCUCCCUCCGGCCAAGCACCUCCAUGGAUCGCCAAUAUGAAUACAAGGGCUAUCUUGGGCAGGGGGGCUGGGCCGGCUCCCCCCGCCUGCCCAUGGAGGGCUCUGGGCCUCAGGCCUUCUUCCCAGACCGAGUACCAUCCCCGCGGCCCCCGCGGCCGCCUCUGCCACCGCCGUAUGAGAACCACAGCCUGUACCCCUCUGUGCCAAGCACUUUUGCACCCUUCCGGACUCAAGAUGACUUGGUCAUCCGGAGGAGGGCGCAGAAAGGAUGGAAUGAAUCUGAUCUGGACUUGGCUUACGAGAAGAAGCCAUCCCACCCUGUUGGCUAUGAGCGAGGAGACGCACAUGCGGGCCUCCGACAGAGCUCAGCAGGGCUCCCCCUGGCUCCUUGGAGGGAGUCGAGUUUAGAUGGGGGUGUUGGGCAAAGCAAGGAGGAGCACUAUGGGAUGCAAAGUGCCACCUUGCCCAGGAAUUACAAGGUCUCCCCGCUGGCCAGUGAGCGGUGCCAGGAGAGCUCCUUCCGCAGGUCCCUCCCCACCAACCCAACGGGCACCCUGCCCCGGAACUGGCAGCCCAUCUCCCGCAUACCCAUGCCACCUCCGAGCCCCAAGGGCAGCCUUCCCAAACGCCACAAGCCACUUCCCCUCUCCAUGAUCUUCCGGCUGCAGAACGCGUUCUGGGAGCACGGAGCACCUGGCACAAAAUCUUCCCUCUCUCAGGGUCCUCCAGGAUCCUCGCUUUCACUCCGCUCCUUGCAAAAGCAGAUGCUGCAGCACCCCCUGGCCCAACCCCAGCAUCACCUGCGGAUGGCCUCCCCUGGGAGUGAAGGGAAUGGCCUUGCCAAGUCCGCCAGUCCACCAGUGGAACCUGUCCGCAUCGUGCCGAUCAUCUUGACAGGUGAGACGGAAGCAGAACUGGAAAAUUUCCUGCCGGGCGGCGAGCCGGCGGAGGCGGACGAGGUACCCCGGCCUCUGAGCCCCACGCGGCUGCAACCAGUCCUGCCACCUGAAGCCCAGAAAGUGCCUGAGUUCGAGGAGGUGGCGCGCAUCCUGGCAGAGAUGCCCCGGCCUCUGAAGCGGCGCGGCUCCAUGGAGCAGAGCCCCAGCCCAGCUCUGCCCCCCACCCACAAGAAGCAAUACCAGCAGAUCAUCAGCCGCCUCUUCCAUCACCAUCCCCGCAAGGAGGAGGCUGCCGUAGCAGGAGAAGCCCCCGCGCAGACUGACCUUUCGACCAUCAAUGAGGCCAUGGAGCAGAAGGCACCUGGGACCCCUUCCACCCCAGCUCCUGCACCAGCAGCCCCGUUCUCCAUACCUGAAGCACCCCUCCCACUACCACCACCACCUCCUCCGGAGAGCCCUAAGACCCUCACUCCUAUGCCCAGCCCCGAGAAGCGGUCAGUGCUCCGCAAGGUCUCCUCCCCACGGAAGCGACUGACCAAGAGGGCUCGCCUCAACCCUUUGGUGCUGCUGCUGGAUGCGGCUCUGACUGGCGAGUUGGAGGUGGUGAAGGAGGCCGUGGAGGAGCUGAACGACCCGAGCCAGCCGAAUGAUGAGGGGAUCACUGCCCUUCACAAUGCCAUCUGCGGUGCCAACUACAGCAUUGUGGACUUCCUCAUCAACAUUGGGGCCAAUGUCAACUCCCCAGACAGCCAUGGAUGGACACCCUUGCACUGCGCAGCCUCCUGUAACGACACGGCCAUCUGUGUGGCCUUGGUGAAGCACGGGGCAGCCAUCUUUUCUACCACCUUCAGCGAUGGGAGCAUGGCCAUUGAGAAGUGUGACCCCUACCGUGAGGGCUACAGCGAGUGCUUCAACUACCUUGCAGACGUUGAGCAGAACAUGGGCCUGAUGAACAACGGGGUGGUGUACGCCCUGUGGGACUACAGUGCCGAGUUCAAUGAUGAGCUGUCAUUCCGUGAGGGUGAGCCUGUCACCGUGCUGCGCCGUGAUGGCCAAGAGGAAACGGACUGGUGGUGGGCGUCUCUCUACGGCCAGGAGGGCUACGUGCCCAAGAACUACUUUGGGCUCUUCCCCAGGGUGAGGCCGCAGCAGAGAAAGGCAUAAAGUUUCAGGGGUGGGAACUCCGUUGCUGGCAUCCCAGAAGGAACCUGAGGAAUGUGGCUGGACAGGAACUUGGAGAACGUGGCAGCUCCUCCUGCUGCUGAAUCGCCGGCCGGCCUGCCUGGGGAGAGCCGUCUGUGGAUCUAGCAUCCGCGGAGGUGCAAAGCAAAGGGCCUUUUCCUGCUUUCCAGGUGGUCGACUUCCUGGCUCUCACUGGCCCUCCUCAGGGUGGAAAGCAUAAAUAAAAAGGGAGGGGAGGGUUCAGUCUGGUUCCUAUGCUAUCUCCCAUUUUCCUUGCCCUCUCCCCACUUCAUGAACCCACCCAACACUGGGGCUGAUAGCAUAAUUAUAGCUGUUGUUCCUGCCUCUUUUCUUUCGUGCAAAAGAAAAUUCAGCUGCUAGAGUGACAGGUGAUUUGCCAAAGGGCUGCGCUGAGUCUGUGGCAGAGUCCUUCUCAUAAAUCCCACACCACCCUUUUUACUUCUCUCCAACCUUAAUUACUGAAGUUGUUCCACCUCGGGAGAUUCCCCGACUCCUCCACUGAGCAUAUUUAGGGGCACAGCCUGCUUUCAUGUGUGUUCCAGCCAUUUCGCCGUCGGCUUGAACAGUCCUGGCUUGUUUGCCCCUCUGGACAAGUCUACAGGCUGGUCUCCCCUGAUCACAGCUCAGCCGCUUUGCACGCUUCUCUUUGGAAGUUGGUGCAAGGGCGUUCACCAUGCUGGAUACGGCGACUGACUCUAGAGAAAUCUUCCUCUUCUCUUGCAUGGAAAAAAACAGGCCUGCAGUGCGGUUUUGGGGAGUGGGGGUAUCAGUGGCAUCUCCCUCCCAUGAUCAGUGCCACGGUGAAAUUCCUCCUCCGAAUCUUCAACUCCCACUCCUAGUGUUACAACCACAGACUUGGGAGUAGGAGCAGAGGAUGUAAAUUCCCUAUUACUCAAAGUUUUAGCAAAAGUCAAAAGGACAGAGGUCUUCUCACCCCAGAGGGGACUUUACCAGAUGGUCCCGUGGCCUGGGCAGAAUCCUCUGCUUUGCCUCUUCCUAGUUCUUUUAUUUUAGCCCUACUUUUGUACACACAAACGACAGUUGUAAAACUGUCAGUGGGAGCCACGAGGGAGCUCUCUGUGCCAUGGUGCCUCUGUGCUUAGGAAUGUAGGGAGCUGCUUUCUAUAGGGGCAGGCUAUCGGUUCACCUGGAGCCCCCAUAAUUUCUUCUCUGGGUGGCAGUGGCUCUCCUGGGUUGUCUCGGUUGGAGACAGGCAUCCUUCCCACUGUCUGAUCCUUUUAACUGGGCACUGACCCUGGGGCCUUCUGUGUGGGAAGUGGGCACUGCCCCAGAGCUGACCACAUCCAGCUUAGCAGAACUCUCAACUGCAGGCCAGGAUGGCAUUUUAAAGUAAAUUAAAAGGGUGGGGGGGUUUUUUGGGUGUAGUUUUCUAUAGAUAUGAAGCCAGGGUUCUGCAUCCCCUGCCUAGCUUUUGUAGGUUCCAUCCCCCUCCCCCAGCGUGGGCUCCCUGAGAUGGCCCCCUGCAAGAUAAUUCCUCCGCUCAAGACGGGAGGGGAGCAUUUUAGGUUUGGAUGAGGCCUCCUGUGAGUAUAUUGGAAACACUGGCUGGAAAACUGUAGAGAUAACUAUUAAAACUUGGACUAACUGGA